AUGGCGUCUAGGAAAGUCACGAUCCUCAAGAUAGCGAAGCAGCUUCACGCGAAGAAUGUCCCAUUGAAAGUUUCGCUAAAAGCUGCGUCGGCACUGGCUACUUUGACCUCGCUGUGCGAUGGAGGAGCAGGCGCUAACCAAGAUGCCAUGGACAAGUACAGGAGAAAGGUCGACAAGAACUGGUGGUCCGCCAUCCGGGCGUUCACUACUGAGGAGGAAGUGAAGAAGAUGGUGAUGGCAGACACGAGGCAUGCCCAUCUGUUGAUCUUUGUUGCUCCGGGCUGGUGUCAGUGGUCGCAGAAACAGAUUGCCGAACUUCAAAAGAACUUCGAUGAUCUCGGGGAAGCACAGGAUCGCGUGCACCUCAUAGAUGUGGAUGAUCCUGCAAACAAGGAGCUUGUCCAGUUCGAGCAAGUGAGAUCGUUCCCUACCAUCAUGGUUGUACAGGGUAACAACAUUAUCGGACGUGUGAAUGGAUAUAAAGAUUUUGAACAUGUACAUGACAUGGUGUUUGCGGACAGCCAGGUGAUAGUUUGA